AUGAUCUUCAAACGUUUUGUUCAAAUCGGUCGCGUCGUUUUUAUCGCUAAGGGUAAAGAUGCCGGUAAAAUCGCUACCAUCGUCGAUGUCGUCGAUGGCAAUAGGGUCCUAAUUGAUGGACCCAGCACUGGUGUCGUCCGAUGCGUACGAAACCUCAAAGAUCUGCACCUAACUAAGUUUGUUGUUAAAGUGCGUGUUGGACAACGAACUAAAGGCGUGAAGGAAGCGUUCGAUGCAGCUAAAAUUAGUGAGCAGUUCGAGAAAACCACUUGGUCAAAAAAGAUCAAGCAGAAAGCUAUUCGGGCUAAACUGACUGAUUAUGAGAGGUUUAAAUUGAUGAAGGCCAAACAAAUGCGCAAUCGAUUAGUCAGAAUUGAGCUGGCAAAGCUGAAGAAGGCUACCAAGUGA